UCACAAAGUUGGUAUGCGGGAUAUUUUAUAUAAAAAGGAUAAAGAUUUUCAGCAAAUAUUUAUGUUAUUAAACCAAAAUUUUAGUGGUGAUGGAUAAUACAAUGAUGAAGUUAAAAUUGGUAGGUGGAUUUAGUUAGGUGAAGGAUUAGAUUAUUAGAACUAAAUUAUCUAUGAUGCCCAAUAUUAAAAUGGAAAAAAGUUGAAAAUUGGGUAGUUUUUAACAAAAAGGAAAAGGAAAUAUUAAAAAGAUGUAAAUAUUAUAUAUUCAAGCAUUUAGUGGUGGUUGAAAAUAUAAUGAAGAAGAUAAAGUUGGGAGUUGGAUUAAACUAAGUGAUCUGUUUACUCCAGAUUCACAAACCAUUUAUUAUGGUGAAUAUAAAAAUGGUAAAAAAGAUGCUAAAUGGUUUAUGAAGUUUCUUGAGGAUGAAAAUUAUAAU